AACAAGACUCGAGAUACGAGAAGAAAAGCUUAGGCUAUAGCUUACCUGUGAUACAUCUUUGCUUUGUACUAAAUUCUAUUUAAUCCUUUGGAUUUUGUCUUUCACGAUGAAGUUUGUAAGGUUUAUGAUGAGAAAUGCUGCCAUGUUAAAUGUGCCGAAGCACAUCGAUUACUACGCAAAGUUUUCUCCAUCACCUCUUUCAAUGAAGCAAUUUUUGGAUUUUGGAUCCACCAAUGCUUGCGAGAAAACAUCGUUUGCUUUCCUAAGACAAGAGCUCCCGGUGAGACUUUGCAACAGUUUGAAGGAAAUCAACCUUUUACCAGACCCUUUGAUCAUGACCCCAUCUGUUCAGCUGGUUCAUAGCUGGUUUGCUCAAAGUCUAAUGGAGAUCCUUGAAUUCCAAAAUGAAAACCCAGAUGACCCAAGAGUACUUGAAGAGUUCGUGGAAGUUCUUAAGGCCAUUAGGAACAAACACAAUGAUGUGGUGCCCACCAUGGCCCAAGGCGUCAUCGAAUAUAGAGAUGCAUUUGGUGCGGACUGUGCCACAAGUCAGAACAUUCAGUACUUUCUGGACCGCUUCUACAUGAACCGAAUCUCCAUCCGCAUGCUCAUUAACCAGCAUACUCUGAUUUUUGACGGCACUAGCAAACCGUCACACCCCAGCAGUAUCGGGUGCAUUGACUCCUGUUGUGAUGUCACAGAAGUCAUCAGAGAUGCCUAUGAAUGUGCUAAAAUGCUCUGUGAGCAGUACUACCUCGGAUCACCUGAGCUGGAGCUCAGAGAGAUUAAUGCAAAGAACAAGUCCCAGCCAAUCCAGAUAUCCUACGUUCCUUCUCAUCUCUACCACAUGGUUUUUGAGCUCUUCAAGAAUGCAAUGAGAGCUACUAUCGAGAAUCACGAAGCAAGCAGCACGCUGCCACCUAUAAAAGUCAAGGUAGCUCUGGGACAAGAAGACCUGUCAAUCAAAAUUAGUGAUAGAGGUGGCGGCGUGCCAUUCAGAAAGAUUGAACGUCUUUUUAGCUACAUGUAUUCGACAGCACCCAGACCAACACUUAGUGACCAUCAGCGGACGCCAAUGGCUGGCUUUGGUUACGGCCUUCCCAUUUCCCGACUCUACGCACGGUACUUCCAAGGGGAUCUUCUGCUUUAUCCAAUAGAGGGGUACGGUACUGAUGCCGUAAUCCAACUUAAGGCCCUGUCUACAGAUUCCAUCGAGAAGCUUCCCGUAUUUAAUAAAACCGCCCUGCGGCACUACAAAUCCAGCCAUGAGGCGGACGACUGGUGCGUCCCUCGCAAGGACCCGCUGAAUUUGUCUAUGUACAAGGUCGAAAAGUGAACCAUCUUUACCGGAGAGAUACGAUGAUGCCUACAAGAGAGGAUGGACAGGCCACCAAAAUGUCCUGGCCUCGGGACCAGCUACAGCAUCUUCCCUUAUUUGACCAGUACCGUACUGUGGGAACAUUUAAUCCGGGCACUAACGUGUGACCAGAAAUUAAGAUGCGAAAGAGUCCUUGGUAUGCCGACCGUAGACGUACAAUGAUGAUGGAGCUGCUGAAGUCGGUGUGUUUCAGGAACGAGAUGUAUUGUAUGUGAUCUAGCGUGAAGCGGUGUUAAAAAAAGAGUGACAAUGCAUGUCAAGCAGAGAGUAAAAUACUGAAGGUUGGACGAAAUAUGACAACAUAUAUCAGAAAUAAAGUAAAAACUACAGUUGAGUUUUAUCCCUAAAAAGGGAGGCUGUCGCCAAAUGUUUCCUUCUCCCUAAAAAGCUGGAAAUGGAUUUUAAAUUAUACUUGAAGUCUGUUAUAUUAUAAGUGGUGCUUUAUCAAUGUUUAAGUGCAUUAUGAUUGACCACAACGUAUUUACUUUGCAAUACUGUAAUGUAUGCAUUUCUAAAAGGACCCUUGUUAUGUGAGCUUUGUAUACUUUACUGUAUAUAUAAACAAAAUAAAGCUAAUUUACAACAA